UCUCUGGCCCGCCGCUCGUCGAGGCGCUGCCGGAAGGAAGCGUGACGCGCGGACUCGGUUCCCCGGCGGCCCGCAAGCCCGCCGGCCUCGCCGCCUUCCUCCCUCGCUCCCGGAGCCCGGCCCAGCGUCCGGGACGGAGGCCUGGGGCGACGCGGCGCGGAGAGCGAGGGAGGGAGGGAGCGAGGGAGGGCUGACGGGCCGGCGGGCGGGCGGGCCACGGGAGCGCCGGUUCCUAUAUGGCGGCGGCUCUGUCGGGCCUGGCUGUCCGGCUGUCGCGCUCGGCCGCCGCCCGCUCCUAUGGGGUCUUCUGCAAGGGGCUGACCCGCACGCUGCUCAUCUUCUUCGACCUGGCUUGGCGACUGCGCAUCAACUUCCCCUACCUGUACAUCGUGGCUUCCAUGAUGCUCAACGUGCGCCUGCAGGUUCAUAUUGAGAUCCACUGAACCCCCUUCCCCUGACUCUCAGGCGCCCCCUCCCCAGGCUCAUUGCAUCAGAGAAAACAAACAUGAACGAUGGAAAAGGGACCCUGGACACCUGCCUGGCAGAAGCCCAGCUGCUGGGAGGGGAUGACUCGGACACACUGUGGUGUAGCCUUAACAAUCGGACACAGAAGGGGAGCCCCUGCUCUGCAUAUGUGGGGCUAAAGCCGCCAAGGGUUGAUGGCAGUGGAAAUUUCCAGGAUGAGGCAACAGACAUGAAGCGUGGUUGGAGCCAGGCUGGCCUCUUGCUUCACUGGGGCAGCAAAGUGUCUCUGGGUCCGAAGCAGCCAAUAAGAAGUUCAGCCCCAGCUGCUCUGAUCCAGGCCAUGGGGCUGUGUGAUGCCCCUGCCGCCGCCGCUGCUGCCACUAUUCCUGCAGAAGAACAGUUUGCUAGGGAAGCCCUCAGGCGGAACUGGCCAAAAAGAUGGCCUGGAGCCCCCAACAGUCACAGAGGAUCGCACCGCAAGGGAGAGCCCUGGGUAUCAGGAAGGCCCUCCAUGUGCAAAGCUGGAGGUUUUAAAGGGGAACCACGAAGUGCUUUCUCCAGUGGCCUGGGCCUACCUGUCCCCUUGUCUCAGCUGUCUGCAAGGCCACCUACCCGGCCUGAAGGUCUCCCUGAGGGUGAAACCAGAUGUGCUUCUCCUGUUUCCAGAGUGAAUAACUGGGUACAAGAAAAUUCUUCCAAGUGGCAAAAGUACAUCAAGUGGUCUGCAGACAGCAUUGGGGAUAUUGGCACUGGUUUUCAAAUUAGCAAAUCCCUUAUGCCAUAGUUAAGGUACAGUCAGAACAGUAAAAAUGCCAGAUUAAUUUUAAACAUUGUCUUCAAAUGAAUUCUUUUGCAUUCAGUCUGGAUAAUGUAUGCUGCUGCCUCAUGUGACCAGACAAAGCAGGUUGGCAAGUUUACCCUUGCUCCAAUCCAUUCAUGCAGGAAGAGGAUUUGGAACAUGUUUUAAAUUGUGCUUGACAGACAUUCAGACUUGGGGAACUCUUUCAGGAGAGGAUUACUCUAUCUGGUAGCCUGUCUGAUGCCAGCAUGAAGUACCAUGGAUUUCUGGAUCUCCAAUGUCCACCCUGCAGGCUUCAGUCCCAAGCUCCAUCCGUUGUUACUUCAGCUUGUCCCUGAUCACCUGAUGGGAGUGGAAAUGUGCCACAUUGGCCCCUCUGCUCUGAUGAAGACUUGCUGAGUCCAUGGCAAACUGUGCAUUUUGGAAAAUUAUUUUGAUCUGCAGCAAAAUUUGAUUUCCUUUGUCAUACCAUAUCCCUUCCAGCUUGAAAGUUUGAACAGAGGCCUGAUGGUGAAAGUUGCAAUAUUAAAUUUAGCAUAAUCCUCUCAAAUUAGGAACCUGAGCAGUGUUACCCUAAGUAAAAAUGGAGCUUGAAAUACUUUGCUGGUGUUCAGAUAGAGGCAAAUGAAAUGUUUUCCUUAAGGAAGUCCCCAGUUCCUAGGAAUUGGGUCUUCUACACUGAGACUUUUCUUAACUAAUACCCUCUUUUGUUUAUUGAUAACUUUAAUAAAGGUCAUUUAAGAGUGUAAAUUUUUAAGGACUCCCAAACCGAGACUUAAAACAGCCCUUUUGGGGACAAGUGACUGCAUAUGUCAAUUUAUAUUGUGUGCUCAAUUAUGAUGUGUGCUAUCUUGAUGUUUUGGGAAAAUGGAGAUGACACAGUCUGUUCUUUAGCCUAAUAAAUAUGUCCUAUUUUCUG